AAGAACCAGAGGGCAGCCCCAAAAAUAUGGUGACACAAUCACCCAAAAUGGCGACAUCUACGCACUUGAAUCUCGCAAAUGAGCAGCCCCAUCGUCUUCAGAGUCCCGCUCCAAAUCAAAUUCCAGCCUACUAUGUUCUCAUGUGUUCGACACGCUCACGCCACUGUAUUCCCUUCCCAUUCUUUUUAUAUCACUCCGUCCCGUGUAACACGACGACUCACGAAAGUCUGGUCGCUCUAUUUCGCAAGCCCUCCUUCCAAGCCAAACAAGCAGUACGAUACAUUGACUCACGCAAGAAGAACGACUCAUCGACGCUUCCUCUCCUGCUCUCUGUCCUCCAACCGUAGAAUGGGCUCUUUGCGUGAUCUCCCCGAGCCAUUGCAGUAUCCGUACGCUCGCAGAGACGAGUCCGUUGUCGACAACUAUCAUGGCGUUCUCGUCCCCGAUCCGUACCGCUGGCUUGAAGAUCCGGACGCAGAAGAGGUAAAGGAUUUCGUACAAAAGCAGGUGCAAUUGACGGAGUCGGUGCUUCAGAAGUGUGAUACGAGGGAUAAGCUUCGGCAGAAGCUCACGGAACUUUUAGAUCACCCACGUUAUACUGCGCCAUUCAGACGAGGGAACAAGUACUUUUACUUCCAUAACACUGGUCUUCAAGCUCAGAAUGUCCUCUACGUGCAGGAUAGUUUGGAUGGGAAACCAGAGGUUUUACUUGAUCCUAAUGGGCUUAGCAAGGAUGGAACGGUUUCACUGAGCAGUUAUUCUGUUAGUGAAGAUGCCAAGUAUUUGGCAUACGGGCUUAGUUCAAGUGGAAGUGAUUGGGUAACUGUCAAAGUUAUGCAGAUAGAGGAUAGGAGGGUUGAGCCUGAAUCGCCUGAUACUCUGUCAUGGGUAAAGUUUUCUGGCCUUAGCUGGACCCAUGACAAUAAAGGCUUUUUCUAUAGUCGCUUUCCAGCACCCAAGGAAAGUGAAAAUUUGGAUGCUGGGACUGAGACAAAUGCUAACUUAAAUCAUGAGGUUUACUAUCACUUUUUGGGUACAGAUCAAUCAGAAGAUAUUUUGUGUUGGAGAGAUCCUGAUAACCCAAAACACACAUUUAGUGCUGGAGUAACAGAUGAUGGAAAGUAUCUUCUUCUGUCUAUCGCAGAGAGUUGUGAACCGGUCAAUAAAGUUUAUUACUGUGACCUUUCUGCACUUGCUAGUGGGCUUGAAGGUCACAGGGGGAUGAAGGACCUACUCCCCUUUGUUAAGCUUAUUGAUAACUUCGAUGCACAAUAUGAUGCUAUUGCAAAUGAUGAUACCCUCUUUACAUUUCAGACUAAUAAGGAUGCUUCAAAAUAUAAGUUAGUUCGAGUUGAUCUCAGGGAGCCAAGUGUGUGGAUUGAUGUUAUUCCAGAAGCAGAGAAGGAUGUACUUGAAUCAGCCGUGGCUGUUAAUGGUAGUCAAAUUCUAGUGAGCUAUUUAAGUGAUGUGAAAUGCAUUCUGCAGUUGAGAGAUUUAGAAACAGGGUCCCUUCUACACCAAUUGCCCAUUGACAUUGGGUCAGUCUCUGAGAUUUCUGCUCGGCGAGAAGAUAGCACGGUUUUCAUUGGGUUUACUAGCUUCCUGACCCCGGGCAUAAUAUUCCAGUGCAACUUGGACUCUGGUGUCCCAGAUAUGAAGAUAUUCCGAGAAAUUGUUGUUCCUGGAUUUGAUCGAACUGCAUUCAAUGUUAACCAGGUUUUUGUGCCCAGUAAGGAUGGAACCAGGAUACCUGUGUUCAUAGUGGCUAGAAAUAAUAUUCUUCUGGAUGGAUCGCAUCCUUGUUUGUUAUAUGGAUAUGGUGGAUUCAACAUUAGUAUUACACCAUAUUUCAGUCCCAGUCGUAUUGUUCUUGCAAGACAUUUGGAUGUUAUCUUUUGUAUAGCCAAUAUACGCGGUGGUGGAGAGUAUGGUGAAGAAUGGCAUAAAGCUGGUUCUCUUGCAAAAAAGCAGACCUGCUUUGAUGACUUCAUUUCCGCUGCUGAAUACCUAGUAUCUUCUGGCUAUACCCAACCCAGCAAAUUGUGCAUUGAAGGUGGAAGUAAUGGUGGGCUUCUUAUUGGGGCUUGCAUUAAUCAGAGACCUGAUCUAUUUGGCUGUGCUCUUGCACAUGUUGGUGUUAUGGACAUGCUUAGGUUUCACAAGUUCACCAUAGGUCAUGCAUGGACCAGUGACUUUGGAUGCUCGGACAAGGAGGAGGAGUUUCAUUGGUUAAUCAAGUACUCGCCAUUACAUAAUGUUAGGAGACCAUGGGAACAAUCUCCUAAUCAGUCUUCUCAGUAUCCAUCCACUAUGCUACUCACAGCUGAUCACGAUGAUCGAGUUGUACCCUUACACACAUUGAAGUUUUUGGCUACCAUGCAAUAUGUUCUGUGCACAAGCUUGGAGAAAAGCCCACAGACAAACCCAAUAGUUGGCCGCAUCGAAUGCAAAGCAGGACAUGGAGCUGGACGUCCAACUCAGAAAGUGAUUGAUGAAGCUGCUGACCGCUAUGGCUUCAUGGCCAAGGUGUUGGGUGCAUCCUGGACUGACUAGGCAUUGAUGAUGCUGAUUAUUUAUUUAUGCUUUGCUUAAUUCCGUAGAAGAUCAGUAGAAUUAUCUUAUAGUCACAGCCAACUGUAGUUGUCAUUUCUUAUGUUGGUUUGCUACAGUGGUUUUAUUUAUUUUUCUCGGUGAAACGCGUAAAGGACGUUACAAUAUCCCGUACACCCUUUAAAUUAUUUAUUUAUUUUUGAGUUAUACU